AAGGGUUUUAAGAGAUUAUUUAUAAGACAGAGGGUUUUAAUACGAAGCCGUUUUAGGGUUUUAAUACGACGCCGUUAGGGUCUUUACUCUUUAGGGUUUUUCUUCAGUACUAACGACGUCGUUAAAGAUAUGAAAGUUUGUGAAAAAACAAAAUGCUCCGAUCAAAUUCAAACGGCGGAAAUCAGUAUAGGCGAAAUCUUCCUCCGUCGAAGCUCAGGGGAAUGUCUUCAAGCUCUCAAGGCUUCACGAUUGAUGCAGCCAUGGAGCUGCUGAUUUCGACAAAAUGUGGUUAAUACUCUCGAGCGGCGUUUGUUCUAUAUCCCUUCUUUCAAAAUCAACCGUGACGUCGCCGGACUAUUUGAUUAAGGAUUGUGCUGUUAAAUCCAAUGUUCUUAGCUUCUGGCGUCAAGUAAGUACGGAACAUCAUUCACCUUUCUCUUUUGAGUAGAAAUUGAGACAAAUUUGACAUGAUUCAUAGAGAAGAGUAGAGAUUGUUUUAGGUUUGUUCUCAGAUAGCAUUUCAUUCUUAAGGAGAAUAUGUAUGAAGUGGAUUGUCCAUGUGUGACACCAGAGUGCGGACGGACCACUUGCUUAAGGAUUAUUGCUCCAGACACGAAGAACACUCUAACAAGGCAUUUUUGUGAAGGACUUGUAUUACUACAAUGGGAGGAAAUUUCCCUUUGCUGCUGCUCAAAUUGGUCAACCUUUAGAAAUGAGAUAUCUCAUCGUCAAGGGCUUCUUAGAGUUUGUGAAUUCACGCUGGCAGAAAUUGAGCAUUUUGUUGAUCCUGGGAAUAAGUCACAUCCGAAAUUCUCUGAUGUAGCAAAUUUUGAAUUCCUUAUGUUUCCAAGAGAGGAACAAAUGUCUGGCCAAUCUGCGAAAAAACUUUGCCUUGGCGAAGUUGUUGCCAAGGGAACUGUGAACAAAGAAACUGUAGGCUACUUCAUUGCGAGAGUGUAUCUUUUCCUUGUCCGUCUUGGCACAGACAAGGAACAGUUGCGUUUCCGCCAGCAUUUUGCAAAUGAAAUGGCCCGCUAUGCUGCAGAUUGUUUGGAUGCUGAAUUUGAGAGUUCAUAUGGGUGGAUUGAAUGUGUUGGUAUAGCAGAUAGGUCUGCAUUCGACUUACGUGCCCACUCGGUAGGAAAAGUUGCUCUGUGGCUGAGAGAAAUUUCCAGAACCUAAAGAAGUAGAGAAACUUGUGAUUACUCCUGUGAAGAAAGAACUGGUUCUUGCAUUCAAGGGAAAUCAAAAGCAUGUCGUUAAAUCUUUAGAUAUAGAGUGACUGAAAUCUAUUGUUUUACUGACAUAUUUCUUUGUCUCAUGAUGUUGGUUUACAUUAAACAACAUGCUUCGUGUAAUGUUUUGUUAGGCGAUGAAUGAGCAAUAAGCUAUGGAGAUGAAAGCAAUCUUGGAAACCAAAGGGGAAGUAGAGUUUUACGUAUGUACCCUAAAGAGAAACGUGAGCAUCAAGAAGAAUAUGGUGUCAAUCUCUAAACACAAAAGAAACUGUAAAGUAAUUCAUGAUUAGAUUAAACUAGAGAAAAGGUUCAAAAUCUGUUUUCUAGUAUAUGCCAAAUUUGUUUUCAAACAAAUUUCGCAAAAGUAAUCUGUUUUCUAAAAAAGUAUUCAACCAUUCGAAUGAUCUCAAAC